CCUUGGCCACUUGUCAAGCUUCACCCACUCUCAACCCCAAUCUUUCAAUCAUGCCGAAUAGGCCAUCAACACUCCCCAGAGAUGCUAACGUGCAUAGCCGCUGGUUGGACGAGCUUACUUAUGCUUGGCGGCCUCCUUCGAUUUGCCAUUUUUGUUCCAUUGGGCAUCUACGACGGCUACGCGCAGAAUCACUGGAAUGUCAUCAAGAAGAACACUCAGCUUCAGGGAGGCCUCUAUAGCCCAUCCAUAGCUGCUGGGGAGAAGAUCGCGGCGAAAUGGGGCCGAUUUGCCUUUUACUGGAGUUUCGCCGCCUGGCUCCCUUCCGUCUUCGUCCCUCCACCCGUCAACAUCAUCUUCGGGAUCAUAGACUUCGUCAUCGCAAUAUUCAUAUCGAUAGCCACUCACCACCAAACCGGCCACGUUCCGCACGACAUCAAACAUUGCAAAGGUUCCGGUGCACAUUCCUUCCAACUACCACCUGGAGCAAAUGAGAGCUUCUUCGAGGCAGCCGCACGACUCAACGCUACCGCCACAAACCCGUUCCACAUGUGCAAGUCCUUCGUACAGGAGUGGAGGUAUGGGAUUGUUAUUUCAAUCUUCUACUCUGCUAUCGCCCUAUUUAGUAUCAUCGCCACCGCCAGCAUCUGCCUCUUCAGCUACAGGGAAGCCCACGGCAUGUCCAAAAGCUUCUUCGAGCUCAUGCUCUACGGCUUCAUCAACCUCCCCAAAUACAUCGGCGCAUUCAUUGUCGCCUUCCUCUACUAUAUCCCAGUCAUAUUCUUCCGCUGCUUACCCAUCUCUGUUAAAUCCAAGGUCCGGCUUGUGCGGAGAUAUGGCGUCAAAGCAGGCCAGGGGCUGGAAGAGAAGGGCGAGAUGCAAAUGCAUGCGCUGAAGAGGAAGAUCGAGAGGAAAGGGGAGACGGAUAAGUACACGGCGAAAGAACUGGGUGAACCAACAAACCUCGGGGAGUUCUUGAGCAUCUACGAUGUGCUGAUCGAGGUUGUCCAGCACCUGCAUUACGUGGACGUCGUCAAUCUCGGUCUAGUAUCCAAGAGCGUCCGCGAAGCCGUCCUCCCAGCAGACGAAUAUGAGCAGCGAAUGACCCACUUCAAGAUGUAUGCAUGCCAUAACAAGGGCAAAAAGCAAUGCUGGGUCUGCAAUAACCAGAUAUGCAGGAGUACCCGCUGUAAAUACUCCCGUGCCCUCAAACAGACUACCCUCUACUUCCAUCUCGACAACUGCCGCCCCUACUGCACACCGUGCUACCUUUCUACCGUCCAUAGCUCCCCCACAUCCCCAUCCACCCUCCCUCCAACCCCGCGAAACCGACACAUGGAUACCCGUAUCUGCCGCUGCGCGCCUGUCACCGCCACACCAAACAUCCUCCAACGCUAUCUCAACUCUACCGCCUACUAUUCUUCACGGCAAACGCAAUUGCCCUAUAUUCCGAGGUCCGUUUGUAGGGAGUGUAAUGUGUUUACGGAUAAGGGGCUGCUCGAGAGGCGGGAGACACGGACAAAGUGGGAAUUGAAGCACGGAGGAAGGAAGGAGGGGUUGAAGUGUAAGGGGUGCGAGAAAAUUCUCGGUGGGGGGCCGAGGUGGUGGGUUUGUAGGGGGUGUAAGAGGGAGUGUAGGAGUUGGGUGCACGGAGCUUGGGGAAGCAGCAAGAGCAAGGGAGGUGAUGUGGAAGUCGUGGGCGAGCAGGCCGUGUGAGCGGUUCCCCGCGUUCGUAUGUCUGAAGCCCGCGCACCACCUCCGGAUACCUGUUCCUAGGCUAGCGUUCCGCAAUAAAGAGAUCACUCCGUUCAUUCCAUUACCCAAGAAAGGUCUGGAAGAUUAGACAAGAUCUCGCUGUAUAAGAUGGAC